AUGAAGCUGCUUCUUGGAGUGGUCUUCCUUGGAUGGCUAAUGAUCUGGGGUAUGUUGCCGACACACACUUUCGGGGAGCGCUGGUUGCCGAUGCUCCUGUCGAAGACGAAGACUACAUACAUCGGAAGACUAGGGACCAACGUCCUGAUCUUUACGUUCCCGAUCUUAUUCAUUGCUGUUGUUGGAUGCGUGUAUCUGCACAUUGUUCAGAAAAGUAACCGCAACAAGAGUUCAAGCGGCGGUCUUAAAGCGUGGAGGAGACCACUGCUUAUAAAGCAGCCACUGGGAAUCGUCUCAGGCACAGAACUAGCAUUCUGUUUGAUGUUUCUAGCGUUUAUUGUGUGGUUCUUCUCAUGUUAUCUAAGUAAUGCCUUGGCCAACUUCAAAGGAGAAGGUGGGGAGAAGGAGAGUAACGGGCUGUGGUUAGCUAAGUUAGAAAUAGCGGCUCUACGACUGGGAUUGCUUGGAAGCCUCUGUUUUGCUUUCCUCUUCUUUCCGGUCACUCGGGCAUCCUCCCUUUUGCCACUCGUUGGGCUUACCUCGGAGUGCAGCAUCAGGUACCACGUAUGGCUUGGCCACAUCGUCAUGCUUGUAUUCACAGCUCAUGGGGUUUGCUACAUCAUCGUUUGGGCAGCCACCAACCGGUUAUCUGAGAUGUUGAGUUGGGCGCGAGUAGGAGUAUCGAAUGUGGCAGGAGAAAUAGCUCUCCUCUCGGGGCUGCUCAUGUGGGCUACCACGUUCUCCCGCAUACGGCGCAGGAUGUUUGAGCUCUUCUUCUAUUCCCAUCAGUUGUACAUUCUCUUCCUUAUCUUCUACCUGCUUCAUGUGGGGAUAUCCUUUUUCUGCUUAGUUCUUCCCGGGGUCUACCUCUUCAUGGUAGAUCGGUUCCUGCGAUUCUUGCAGUCAAGGAAUAAGGUCAGGUUGGUCUCUGCUCGCCUUUUGCCAUCCGAAACAGUCGAGUUGAACUUCUCCAAGGAUCCAAGUUUGCAUUACAACCCAUUGAGCAUAUUGUUCAUCAACGUGCCAAGCAUCUCAUCGCUUCAGUGGCACCCCUUCACUGUGAGCUCCAACAGCAAUUUGGAGUCGGACAGACUUAGCAUCGUCAUCAAGAAAGAAGGAAGCUGGACAGAGAAACUGUGCCAUAAAGUCUCUUCUUCUUCCCUCGAUCGUCUGGAAGUUUCAGUGGAAGGCCCUUAUGGCCCUAACGCAAUGGCCUUUCUAAGGUAUGAUUCUAUCGUAAUGGUGAGUGGUGGCAGUGGAAUCACCCCUUUCAUGUCCAUAAUUCGGGAGCUCAUCUUCCGUAGCACAACUGACAGUCCUACCCCAAGUGUCCUCUUGAUUUGCGCCUUCAAGACCUCCGCCGACCUCACCAUGCUCGAUCUCCUCCUCCCAGUUUCUAGCACCGUCUCCGACCUCUCUCGCUUGCGGCUACGAAUCAAAGCCUUUGUCACAAGAGAAAGUGUUCCUCCCAACGAACCUAGCAGGCUCAUCCGGACAGCUUGGUUCAUCUCUGAUCCUUCAGACCUGCCUCUCGCACCAGUCCUCGGACGCGACAGCUGGCUCUGGCUAGGCGCAAUAAUCUCGGCCUCCUUCGUCGCCUUCCUCGUGCUCGUUGGCAUCGUAACACGCUACUACUUAUACCCAAUCGAAAAUGGCACCAAUGGCUUCUUUUCCUCAUGGAAAUCCCUCCUAAAUCUUCUGUUCAUAUGCAUAUGCAUAGUCGUGACAUCUACCGCAGCGGUCCUGUGGAACAAGAAGAGAAGCACCAUGAAAGCAAAGAUCCAGAACACAGAGGCCCUUACUGAUCGUGAAUUGGAGAGUGUUCCUCAUCAACUCAUCGUUGGAGCAACCACGGUACAUUUCGGAGAGAGGCCUGAUUUCAAGAAGAUGCUAUUGGAGAGCGAGGGCUCCAACGUAGGAGUCAUGGCCAGUGGGCCGAGUUCCUUGCGUCAUGCUGUUGCAAGCAUCUGUUCGUCAGGUCCGGGCAAACGGUUGCACUUCGAGUCGAUAAGCUUCAGCUGGUGA